CGUGGAUUAAACCAAGUCAAGGAAAUUAGUAUGAUUUUAUUGUCUUCUCUCAUCUCUGUCAAAAAAGAAAGAUUAAAAAAAAAAAAAUCUCAUUUUUGAGACAUAUUAAACUGUAUCUGUUUUGUUGUUAGAUGCUGGCAACAAAAACCCUAAUUCAAUCCUCACCGUUUCACGGUGGGCCGGAAGCCCUAAUCCCUUUACAGCUCCGCUAAGUUUUCUCUGAAACCUGUAUGGAAUCAGAGAAAAUCCUACUUUUCCAAGAAAACCCUAGAAAUUUAUCAUCUUUCCCUGCAACCAAUAACAACAGUAGCAAUAGCAGCAAGGCCAUGUCCAAUGAGCUAGCCCAAAAGCAACUCCCAUCGAUAUUGGAACGGUUUAAGGCUCUAUUGAAGCAACGGGAAGAUGAGCUUAGGGUUUCCGGCGGUGGUGGUGGUGAUGAUGAGGUGGGAGCAACGCCGAGUACGGAGGAGAUUGUUCAGCUUUACGAGGCUGUGUUAUCGGAACUAACUUUCAAUUCGAAACCGACUAUUACGGAUCUCACGAUCAUCGCCGGUGAACAGCGGGAGCACGGCAAAGGCAUUGCCAACGCUAUUUGCGUACGAAUUGUUGAGGUUCCAGUAGAGCAGAAGCUUCCUUCUUUAUAUCUAUUAGAUAGCAUUGUAAAAAAUAUUGGCCGAGAAUAUGUUAGGCAUUUCUCUUCCCGUUUGCCAGAGGUUUUCUGCGAGGCAUACAGACAAGUUAACCCUAAUUUGCAUCCUGCUAUGCGCCAUCUCUUCGGCACGUGGUCAGCAGUUUUUCCACCUUCUGUCCUCAGUAAAAUAGAGAUGCAGUUGCAAUUUUGUCAAUCAGAUAACCAACAAUCAUCUGGUGUAACUGCCUUGCGGUCUUCUGAAUCGCCUCGUCCAACACAUGGCAUACAUGUUAAUCCUAAGUACUUGCGGCAGUUGGAACAACAGUCAGGUGCAGAUAGUAAUCCUCAGAAUGUAAGAGGCGCAUCUGCAGGUCUGAAAUUGUAUGGUCAGAAACAUUCGAUUGGAUAUGAUGAAUUUGAUUCUGAUCAUACAGAGGUUCCGUCCUCACAUGUUGGAGUGCAAAGGUUGAGCACAACCAGAAAUAUUGGCCGUACUUCUGUAGCAAUUGGGGCUAAUAAAUCACAAUUUUCUCCAGCUUCCAGAGUUUCAACGAUUGGAUCUGACAGACUUUUAUCAUCAGAAAUUGAUGAUCUUGUAUCAGAUGAUUCUCCUAGAAGGUUUGUUGAGGGAGCCUCUCCAUCUCGUCCUGUCUCUGAUUAUGAACAUGCAAGAGCUAUCAUCAGAGAUGAGGAGACAAGGGAGCGGCAGAGGAAGCACUUUUAUGAUGAUUACUAUAAUCGUUCUGAAAGUUCUUUAAAUGCAUACAAGCUUAGCAAUGGACAUGAGCGUCAAACUCCCAGGGCUUUAAUAGAUGCAUAUGGUAAUGAUAGAGGAAAAGGAAUUUCUAACAGCAAGCCAUUACAGGUUGAACGGCUGGAUGUAAAUGGAAUGGGGAAUAAGGUGACUCCAAGAUCAUGGCAGAGUACUGAAGAGGAAGAGUUUGAUUGGGAAGAUAUGAGCCCUACAUUAGCAGACCAUAGGAGCAAUGAUUUUUCAUUGUCAUCAGUUCCAACUUUUGGAAGCAUUGGGGCAAGGCCUGCCCGCUUGGAAUCUAAUAGUAGGAGCAGCCACACUACUCAAACUCAGCUAUCCCUUUUUGAUGAUUCUUCGGCAAUUCCUGAAGAUUCAGUCCCUUCACUGAGUUCUGGUCAUGGAUCAAAUCGGAUUUUGCAUUCACAUCAUCCUCCGGAGGCUUGGAAUUCCUCGUACCUUUUUUCUCAGUCAUCAGACACCCUUCAUGCCAAAGGAAGAGGAAGGGAUUUUCAAACACCCUUUUUACCUGGUGGCAUAUCCUCGUUAGGUGGCCGGAAAGUUGUUCCUCUUAUUGACAAAUUACCUGAUGGUGGUUCACAAUUUGUUAGGCCUCCAGCUGUUGUUCCAAGAACUGGUUCUUCUAGCCUUGGCCCGGUUACUAUUGGAGCUCGGCCAGCCAUUAUACCAACAACAACAGGGGUAUGGCCUCCUGUGGAUGUUCAUAAAUCUCAGCCACCAACCAUGCACUCUAAUUAUUCACUGCAGCAGCAUAAUAGGAGUCAGUUUGAUUCUAUCAAUCCUAUCAAUGCUGUCAGGAAUCAGGGUCAAAAUAAACAUUCAUAUAUGCCUGAACAGUUUGAUAGUUUUGAAAUCAACAAGCAAAGCUUAACAAGGGUUCCACCUGAUCAACGCCCUGCUUUGCAAAAGCAAAACCAGUUGCAUGCAACUUCUUUACAGCCACGCUUUCUUCCUUCGCAGGAGGUUCGAGAAAGUCUCCUUUCAUCUGUGACAACACCAUUACCACCACGCUUACUGGCACCAUCCCUGAAUCAUGGAUACACUCCACAAAUACAUGGUGCUGUCAUCAGUAUGGUCCCAUCUAAUCCAAUACCUGUUGCACAGCCUCCUUUGUCAAUCCCAAAUAUGCCAACUGGCUCUUUGCAUUUACAGGGUGGAGCCUUGCCACCUCUUCCUCCUGGUCCACCUCCUGCAUCUCAAAUGAUGCCUGCCACUCAAAAUGCAGGUAACCAAUCACAGAGUGGUGCAUUUUCUGGUUUGAUUAGUUCCCUCAUGGUUCAAGGUUUGAUCUCAUUGGCAAAACCAAUGCCCAUACAGGAUUCUGUUGGACUUGAGUUUAAUGCAGAUCUUCUCAAAGUGCGAUAUGAGUCUGCAAUAAGUGCUUUAUAUGCUGAUCUUCCGAGGCAGUGCACAACAUGUGGCCUUCGAUUCAAGUUCCAAGAGGAACACAGUUCUCAUAUGGAUUGGCAUGUGACCAGAAACCGGAUGUCUAAGCACCGUAAGCAGAAACCUUCACGGAAUUGGUUUGUGAGUGCCAGUAUGUGGCUUAGUGGUGCUGAAGCUCUGGGAACUGAUGCAGUUCCUGGAUUUUUACCCACUGAGAACAUUGUAGAGAAAGAUGAUGAAGAAUUGGCAGUUCCUGCUGAUGAAGAUCAGAAUGCAUGUGCGUUAUGUGGUGAGCCUUUUGAUGAUUUCUAUAGUGAUGAAAUGGAGGAGUGGAUGUAUAGGGGUGCUGUCUACAUGAAUGCACCCAAUGGAUCAUUUGAUGGCAUGGAUAGAUCACAGUUAGGACCCAUAGUGCAUGCUAAAUGCAGGUCAGAAUCUAGUGUGGUUCCUCCUGAAGAUUUUGUACGGUAUGAUGGGGGAAAUUCUGAGGACACUAGUCAAAGAAAAAGAUUGCGGAGUUAAACCUUGUUAGUCGGCUUCUAAGCUUAUGUAACUUAGUUUGAGUUUCAUGUUAGUGGUAUGCUCUUAGUUUAAUCCUAGUGAUGGUGGUUGCAAUAGCUUGGUGACAUACCAGAACCUUGUACAUGAAUAGUUGGACUUGUACCAUGCACGAUAUCGUGCAGC